AUGUCCGGAACUACCACCCAGGGAGGGAGCCGCCCUUCGUGCGUGCGCAACGGGCCUGUAAAGCUUGCCAGGCUAGAAAAGAACGCUGAGACGGUUCAUGAUAAGCCCGAAGUGCAAGAGGCUCAAGCCCUCCCCAGCACGGACUUGGUAGGCCCAAUACCUGGAGCAACUCGAUGGAUCGGUCAAGACUAUAUUGAUAUCUACUUUCGCGACUUCCAUCCGACUUGGCCGUUUUUGCACCCUGGAACAUUCGAUACCCCGAACGAACCGUGUGUCCUUCUUCAAUCCAUGGUGAUGAUUGGGCUGUGGAUCAAAGGCGACGAUGCGUCACGAGCUAAGGCGACGUCUUUCCAUUUCAAAAUACUUUCUGCAAUUGGAGCUCAAAGAUCUGAAUGGUGUAUUUCGAAAUCCACGCCACACCAAGAAAAAGCGACGCCCUGGCCCAUGGCAACUUACCAGGGUAUUCUUUUACAGCUUAUAUUCGCUGUUCUUGUGGCCAAAAAAGAGACGACCUUUGAUCUCAGCCUCGGUUUUCAGCUGCCAGCACAAAAAUAUGAACUACUCUCAUCCCUUGUGGAGACAUGUCGGCUAGCCGGCUUAUUCUAUUAUCCAAAUAUGCUCUCGCGACAUCAUACCUCUGCGCCGCUCGCACUUGUUUGGGUGAGUGUGGAGGAGAUCAAGCGUUUCGGACUAGCUCUAUAUAAGUUAUGCAGACUUUGCUCUCGCAGCGGGGGCGACACUAUCGACGGAAAUGGUAGUGCUUUGAGAAACAAUCUGUUAAAUUUGACAGACAUGGAUUUUUGCAUGCCGGAUAGCGACGAAAUCUGGAAUGCACCGGAGGAUGGCUUCAUCCGACUCACAGCUUUACAACAACCAUCUAGGGAUAAUCGAGAUCCGGAACAAUGGAUAUCCAAGACCUCAGGGCUGUUGUAUGAUAGUCGUGUUGGAUUUGACUGGAUAUAA